AUGCCCUACGUCUCCGACUAUCCCGAACCUCCGCUCCCAAAAUGCGGUACUUGGCACUUUCACCACCCCGAGAGGCCCGAGUUUGACCCAGCGCUCCCGGCGUACAUCGACGGCGUGACGGGUCGUACACUCAGCCGCGCCGACGUCAAGAACGACAGCUUGCGCAUGGUCACUGGUCUCCGCAAGCUUGGCGUCAAGCGCGGCGACACGACCUGUAUCUGGGGUCUCAACUCGCUCGAGUGGAUCCAGGCCGCUUGGGGAUGCAUGGCGGCUGGCAUGACCAUCUCGCCCGCCAACUAUGCGUUCUCGCCCAAAGAGCUGGCCUACCAGAUCAACAACUCUGGCUCGACAGUAAUCUUCACCGAGCCGUGGCUGCUGGAGAACUUGGACAAGGCCCGACCCAUGGUCGACAAGCCCAUCCCCGACUCGCACGUCAUCCUGCUCUGUCUGCCAAAGGACAAGCCCCAGCCGAGCAGGUACAAGUGCGUAUCGGAGCUCUAUCUCAUGCCUGGCCGUGCGGAGGCGUUCUCGGGAGAACAAAUCCACGACACGCAGUUCCUGUGCUACUCGUCCGGCACGACCGGUCUGCCGAAGGGUGUCAUGUCGACCCACUGGAACUUUACGUCCCAGAUGCAAUGCCUCAAACCUAGCUACCAGAAGCUUGGUCCCAACGACAGGAUGCUUGGCUUUGUGCCCCUCUCGCACACGUAUGGCGUCACCAUGGUUCUUCAGCAGCCGUUCUCGGUCGGCGCAUGUGCCGUUAUUCUCCCCAGGUUCGACGAAAUUGCCUGCCUGCGUGCGCUGGAGAAGUUCAAGGUUGUGCACACCCUCAUCGUUCCGCCCAUUGUCAUUGUGCUGCUCAAUUCGGAGCACUUGCCCAAAUUCGACCUUUCGUCGCUCCGAACGCUCAUGUCCGCCGCUGCUCCACUCGGCAAGGACCUCAUUGACGCCUUCCUCGCCCGUCUGCCUCACUGUCGCAUCACGCAAGGCUAUGGGUUGACCGAGACGUCCCCCAUUUGUCAUAUAUUCUGCGGAGAAGAGGCAGUCGCAGGCCGAGAAGGUUGGGUUGGACGUCUCUUGCCAUACUACCAGGCUCGCCUGGUGGACCCAGCAACAGGCAAGGAUGCCGAAGAAGGUCAACCCGGCGAGCUGUACCUGCGGGGCCCAUGCGUCAUGAAGGGAUACCACAACAACCCCGAGGCAACGGCCAAGACGAUGGACGGUGACUGGUUCAUCACGGGCGACGUGUUGAUUCGGGACAACGCCGGGUGGUACAAAGUUGUGGACCGCGUCAAGGAGUUGAUCAAGUACAAGGGUUUCCAGGUCCCUCCGGCCGAGCUCGAGGCUCUUCUCCUCACCCACCCAAAGAUCAAGGACGUCGGCGUUGUGGGUGUGUACGACGCAUCGCAGGCUACCGAGCUGCCGACGGCGUUCGUGUGCAUCGACCCGGAGGAGGAUAUUAGCACCGCCGAAAAGCGUGCGUGGUUCGACAAGGAGAUUCAAGCUUGGGUGGCUGCCCGUGCGGCCCGCCACAAACGACUCGGUGGCGGUGUCCACGUCGUCGACGCGAUCCCAAAGACGCCCUCGGGCAAGAUUCUGCGUCGCUUCCUGCGCGACCGGGCCGAGAAGGAGCGGGCCGAAAGGAUCCAGUUGACCGGUACUGCCAAGCUGUAA